AUGCCGUACCACCUCCCCUUAAGCCCGAUCGAUCGAGCUAUUCAGCCUCCAGUGUACUACUUGCAAGUCCAAGAUUCACUAAUCUUGAGCGUAUCGGUUUUCUGGACCAUCGCCUAUGUCCUCUACGUACGCCAGGGGUACCGCGACAAGUCCUAUGGCAUGCCACUUUUUGCCCUGGCGGGAAAUAUAGCAUGGGAAUUUCUCUUUGGCGUGGCGAUGCCCACGUCUGUAGCCCAGGUGGUUUGCUUCGUACCAUGGUUGGUUAUUGACGUCUUUAUCGUCCACACCACAUGGAAGUAUGGAGCGCGCCAGUUCAAACAGUCUCCUGUAGUCGCCAAAAACCUUGGGCUCGUCUUGGUUUUCGGGGUCAGCUUUGUGACUGCGUCCUUCUACUUCUUCAUCAAGACCGUCGGACUGGAUGCGGCUUCGUUUUACCUUGGUUACUCCGACCAGCUCCUAAUUAGUAUCACGUCCGUGGCACAGCUUCUGAGGCGAAAUAACACCCUUGGACACUCCUGGGGUAUUUGGUAA